GUUGUGUCAUCAGGGAGACUUCUUUGGAAGUUCUCAGCAGUGAGUCAGAGACAUGAGGAAACUCUGAAACAGGAGAGGAGGCAGAAAAAGAAGAAGAAUAGAGGGGGAGGAGAGGAGGAGGAGGUAUAAAAGCCUGAGAGGGGAGUGAACCUGCUGCAGUCGAAGAUGUUUCUCCUCCUCGUCAGGACGUCUCUCCUUCUCUCCCUGCUGCUCAGCCUCAGCACCGCCGGCGGGAUGCUGGUUGCCACGGAGACGGGCCAGCGAGAACUCACCUGCCGCGAGCAGAUUCCCGCCGGACUGAUCCGAGAGCUGUGGAGCCGCACCACACAGCUGAUCAACAAGCUGCCGAAAGAAGAGAAAUUCUCCAGGCACAACAGACUUCUACCCAAGUUUUGCACAAAAGGUCCUGAGCGUGUGAUUGGCUGGCUGGAGGUGCGGGAGGUGAUUGACGUCUACCAGAGGAGUGUGUUCAGUCGAGAGGUUGUCCAGAAGCUCCUCCCCCUCCACUUCAGCGACCUGCUGUACCGAAUCCAACACACACUGCAGCACUGUGUUUCUUCCUCUAAACCUUCAAAAUGGUCCAAAAUCAUCAAGAAACUGGAAAGAAAAAUCAAAAAGAGGAGGAGAGACGGAGCAGCGCUGAAGGCCGUCGGAGAGUUCACCUUCAUCCUCAGGGAAAAUCAGCAGCAUUGUCUGGAAACAUCAGCUGAGCUGUUUUGUAUCAGAACAUUUAACAUCUGGAUGUUUAUGGACCUAAAAGCCUGUUGAAACUUUUACUUUGAAAAGACAAAGUGGUAUUUUUCGCUGAUCAUCUUCUCCCCUGCUGUCUGGACGGUAGCCAAAAAUCUUAAUAUAAGAAAAAAAAGUAUUGCUAAGUGUUAUUGAAACUUUUGCAUUUGAAUUAUUUGUACCUUUAUUUAGAAAUUAAGUUAUUUUUUCAAGAAUAUUUAUUGUUUUUGAGUAUUCACUUGUUAAAAGUACUUGAAUGUUUAAUAUAUAUUGAUUUUACAAUGAUAUGAAGGACGAUAUUUUUAUAUGGUUAUUAUUGUAGCUCUAUUUAUGUGAACUUGUCGAUCUGAUUCAUUAUGAAAUAAACUAGAUUUUUAUCUCAGUCACUGUUGAUGUUUGUUGUUGGUGGACGGUGAAAAGUGUUGAGUGUUGUCUCCCUCUGCUGGCACACA